AUGGGUAACACCAAGGGUCUGCGCCGCGGUACGCGGUACAUGUUCUCGCGGGACUUCCGCAAGCGUGGUCCCCUCAACCUUGAGACGUACCUGACCGUCUACAAGGUUGGCGACAUUGUCGACAUCAAGGGCAAUGGCGCUCAGCAGCUGGGUAUGCCCUACAAGGCCUACCACGGCAAGACUGGCCGCGUGUACAACGUGACCAAGCGUGCUCUCGGUGUUGUUGUCAACAAGCGCAUCAAGAACCGCUAUGUUGCCAAGAAGAUCAACGUGCGCAUUGAGCACGUCAAGCACUCCAACAGCCGCAAGGAGUUCCUCCGUCGUGCGGCCGAGAACGACGCCAAGAAGGCCGAGGCUUCCGCUCGCGGCGAGCGCGGUGUUGAUGUCAAGCGCCAACCCGCUGGUCCCAAGCCUGCCGAGUUUGUCAACUUCCAGACCAACGAGCCCGUCCGACUUCGCCCUGUGCCUUUCGAGUUUAUGGCUUAA